AUGUGGUCUGUUAUUCUUGGCUCAAAUCGUCGCAUUGGUUAUGAGAUUAUCGACCUCGAUUUGGAGAAAACCGAUCAGUGCACCAAGGAUGUGUUGUCUGUGGCACCUCGCUCUACUCAGUUCAGUCCUCAUAAGAAGGAAGCGCUCUAUUGUGGCACGCUCGACUCGUUGACGACCCGCAAUGGCACAAUGCAAACCGGGCGACUGUUUGUGCGCUACGCUAAUACUUACCACACUCCCUGGACUGUCAGUACACUCUACGCGCUCCGAAUGGGCAUCGUCUGA